UCGCGUUUUAUCGGUUUUCACUUUUCAGUCGGCUGCCGAGUUCCGACGAGAUUGAACGUUGUCGUUCCUGCAGUGGCGAUAAUAAUAAUAAUUCACGUCUUGAGCCGAGCCGAAUUCAGAAUUCAGAUCGCGUAGUCAGAUCAUCCUAUAAUGUUAUUAUAAAUAUUAUAUAAUAUUGUAUACAGCUUGUUCACUGAAACAAGACGUGUUUUUGAUACCUAAUAAAUAGUCUGGUCUCUAGUCACGAUGCGUUUAGUGGCGGCGAUGUUAGCGUCACCGGUGCUGGCCGCGGUCCUCUGCUUGUUCGUCUGCAGUCAGACAAUCGUGGCGAUGGCACCUGGUGGCGGCAGUAGCGAUGGAGCCCUAUACUUGACGCCCCUGAUACAGGCAGGCCGGAUCAAGGAGGCGCGGGCCGCGUGCAAUGUGAAACCCCCGACGGCGGCUGUCGAGAGCUACUCCGGUUACCUGACUGUGGACGAGAAGCACGGUUCCAACAUGUUCUUUUGGUUCUUCCCGGCAAUGAGCGGCGCCCCGGACGCACCCGUCAUGCUGUGGCUGCAAGGAGGCCCGGGUGCGUCCAGUCUCUACGCCUUGUUCAACGAGCACGGCCCGUUCUCGCUAGCCAAGACCCAUGGUCUCAAGCUGCGCAACCACACGUGGGUAGCCACACACUCAGUGAUAUACCUGGACAACCCGGUGGGCACAGGGUACAGCUUCACCGCAGACGACGAAGGUUACAGCGUCAACCAGGCAUCCGUCGGUCGCAACGUGUACAAUGCCUUGGUACAGUUCUUCACGCUGUUCCACGAGUACCAGAACAACGAUUUCUACGUGACCGGCGAAUCGUAUGCGGGCAAGUAUGUACCAGCCGUGUCAUACUUCAUCCACCUCAACAACCCCGGGGCCAAGGUCAAGAUCAACCUCAAGGGGCUGGCCAUCGGCAACGGUUUGGUUGACCCCAUCAACCAGUUGGUGUACAGUGAAUACCUGUAUCAGCACGGGUUCGUCGAUGAGUACGGUAAACAAGAGAUGGAAGAGCUGGAGAGCACGGCCCGUGUCCAAAUCCUCCGCAAUGACUUCCAAGGCGCUUUCCGGUCUUUCGACAAACUUAUACUGAACAGCGACAUCUAUCCAUAUCCGUCACUGUUCCAGAACCUGACUGGCAUGCAAUACCAAUUCAACAUGCUGUGGGACCGAGACCCGACGCCGUACGGUGACUGGGUUAAGUACGUGCAAGAGCCGUUCAUGCGGGAAGUACUGCACGUGGGCCAGCGGCCGCUAAACAACGGCGCGCUGGUCGAACGCCACCUGGCCAAUGACAUGAUGCAGUCGGUGGGCUCGUGGCUGGCCACCCUGCUGGACGCCGGCCAGUACCGAGUUCUGUUGUACUCCGGACAGCUGGACAUCAUCGUACCUUACCGGGGCACGAUGAACAUGGCGCAGUCACUGAAGUGGUCGGGUGCGGAAAGAUUCCAUAACGCGACACGAACCAUUUGGCGGGUGGGCCACGAGAACGCGACCGUCGUGGCUGGUUACGCGACCACGUCCGGUCCGCUGACCGUGUUGCUGGUCAGGGACGCCGGUCACAUGGUACCGGCAGACCAGCCAAUCUGGGGCCUGGACCUGAUCAACCGAUUCACUACUGGCAAACCGUUUUGACCGAACAACAAGUCCGACGAGUUCUUGACAAUAAUAAUAUUAUAAUAUCUUAUGUUGUUUUAUGUUCCCACAAUAAUUAAUGUUAUGCAUUUAAUCGUUGAGGCUAGAAUAUUUGUAUACCUAUUUAAAUUUUAAUUGGCAUUAGGUGCCGAUAAAUAUAUGUUGUUUACUGUUAUCAAUUAGGCCUUAUAAUUACUUGGUGGUCGGGUGGUCCAGAAUUCGACAUUCACCUACCGUUACGUUUGUAUUUAAUUUAUUCAAAUUUUAAAAAUGCCAACGUUGUGUGCAGCGUUUGAGUGUUUGAACAAGACAACCAAUAAAAACCUUUCGUUUUAUCUUU